AUUGCUUUUCACCCCAAAUUUUUGGCUUCUCGGGUUGAGAAAGAGAGACGGGCAAUUUUGUCAGAACAACAAAUGAUGAAUACGAUAGAGUACCGUGUUGAUUGCCAGUUGUUGCAGCACUUGCACUCUGAGAACAAUUUGAGUAAAAGGUUUCCGAUGGGAUUAGAGGAGCAGAUUAAGAAAUGGGAUGCUGUUAAAAUCAGGAAAUUUCAUGAGCGCUGGUACUUCCCAGGAAAUGCUACACUAUACAUUGUUGGGGAUAUUGAUGACAUUUCUGAUACGGUUAACCACAUCGAA